GCCGCGCCGGGCUGCGAGCAGAGCUCGCCCUGGGCCAGCGAUCCUGGCCAUUCAGCCACCGCUGUCCCCGCUGCGCGCCGUCGCGCCUCUGCCUGAGAAGCCAGGCGCUGUUUGUCCACCCCAGAAGAGGAUGGCAAAGGUGGCCAAGGACCUCAACCCAGGAGUUCAGAAGAUGUCCCUGGGCCAGCAGCAGUCAGCAAGAGGUGUGCCUUGUCUGAGAUGCAAGGGGAUGUGUUCGGGCUUCGAGCCACAUUCAUGGAGGAAAAUGUGCAAGUCAUGCAAAUGCAGUCAAGAGGACCACUGCCUGAGCUCGGACCUGGAAGACGAUCGGAAAAUUGGCCGCUUGCUGAUGGACUCCAAGUAUUCCACCCUCACGGCCCGAGUGAAAGGUGGGGACGGCAUCCGGAUUUACAAGAGGAACCGAAUGAUCAUGACCAACCCCAUUGCCACCGGGAAAGAUCCCACCUUUGACACCAUCACCUAUGAGUGGGCUCCGCCUGGAGUCACCCAGAAACUGGGCCUGCAGUACAUGGAGCUCAUCCCCAAGGAGAAGCAGCCAGUGACGGGAACCGAGGGCGCCUACUACCGGCGGCGUCAGCUCUUGCGUCAGCUCCCCGUCUACGACCAGGACCCCUCUCGCUGCCGCGGACUCUUGGAGAACGAGCUGAAAGCGAUGGAGGAGUUUGUGAAGCAGUAUAAGAGCGAGGCCCUGGGCGUGGGCGAAGUAGCGCUCCCUGGGCAGGGCGGCUUGCCCAAGGAGGAGGGGAAGCAGCAAGAGAAGCCCGAGGGCGCAGAGACGGCCGCCCCAACUGCCAACGGCAGCAUCAGCGACCCGUCCAAGGAACACGUCUGUGAGCUCUGCAAGGGGGUGGCCCCCGCCGACAGCCCUGUGGUCUACUCGGACAGGGCAGGCUACAGCAAGCAGUGGCACCCUGCCUGCUUCGUGUGCACCAAGUGCUGCGAGCCGCUGGUGGACCUCAUCUACUUCUGGAAGGACGGGGCGCCCUGGUGUGGCCGUCAUUACUGCGAGAGCCUGCGGCCCCGGUGCUCCGGCUGCGACGAGAUAAUAUUCUCAGAGGAUUACCAGCGCGUGGAAGACCUGGCCUGGCACCGAAAGCACUUUGUCUGCGAGGUUUGUGAGCAGCAGCUGGGUGGCCGGGCGUACAUCAUCACGAAGGGUCAGCUUCUGUGCCCUACGUGCAGCAAGUCCAAACGCUCCUGAAGGGCUGUCCACCCACAGCUGGAAUCCACAGGAUCCCACCGAGAAGUAGAGCCAAGUGUGCCAAGGCCAUCCUAAGGGUCUGGCGAGACAGCCAACAGCAACAAAAACAGUGAUCUUUAUUCAGUGGAGAUACACACACACACACACACACACACACACACACA